AAGGUCUAACUAUUUAUUUUAUGUGUCCGUGUAUAGUAAAAUCGUAUUUAUUAGUAUUUUGAUGAUUAUUUCGCAGCUCUCAAUUCUCGCGUCGCGUGAAUUUAAUAUUUGUAUUUUGUAAUGACGAUGGGAGAUUCACAAAAGGAGGUUGAAUACAUCUCCGACAAACUCUUCAAGGACAACUCCAUUGUUUCUUACUCUCAGCUAUCCAAAGAUUUGGGUGUACCUUUGAGCCGUUCUAAAGAAAUCUUGUAUAAUUUCUUCAAGUCCAAUAAGACAAAAUUGAAUGCUUCAUUUAUUAUAACUGGAACCGUUAAAGGUGCCAUCGAGCUUAAGUUCGUCGAGUUUGAAGAUCAAGUCAAUGAGCAUUUGAAAGCGUUCGAUAAAGUCUCCAGUGUGCACAUUUACUCUUUGAGUUUGAGUGAAUUCAAAUACUCCGUUAAGGACCUUGUUUUGAACCAAUUGAAGAUUCAGGUUAGCGUCGAUAAGUUGGAUUACUAUUACGACUUGGGGAUGAUUAAAGGCCCCGCAUUGGUAGCCUCUUCAAACAGCCUUCUACAGCCUGUCAAAGCAGAGGUUGUACCAAUUAACAAUAGCGCGAGGUCCCCAACCAAUGUGAAGCAGGAGCCCAAAAAGUUCAACACUGGUCUUUCAUCAGGUUAUGUAUCGAGGAAGCAACAGAAACCUGCCCCUAUUGGAUCCGAUAUAACUAAGAUGGCUUCGACAAAGAGAAAGGCAGAGCCAGUACCAAAGUACCAGUAUAAAUCACGGAAGCCUGCAACUCAAAAGCCGGAUAAGGUGGUGAUGUCUCACGACUAUGACAACGAUGACGAACACGCGGAUCUUGAUGUGGCCAAGAAGAUAACCAAGGAAGAUAAAACCAAGCUCUCAGCCAUGUUUGAGGAUGAUUUUAGUGAUAAUGAUGGCAACGUUAACGAACUUGAGGAGCCUAUUAUGGCAGAAGACAAUGAAGACGAAAAUGUGGAAUUAUUCAAGAUGGAGGCCGAUGAAGCGAAACCUGCAGAAGUAGGAGUCGAAGAAGUUGAAGCCCCGGAAGAGGGGAUGACAAAUUUUGAGCUUGAACAGCCCCAAGAACCCGAGUAUGAUGAGGAUGGUUACAUAAUAACACACCGCCCAAAGCCUAAAGCCAAUAAAGCGGCUAAAUCAGCAAACAAGCCUAAAGCCCCACUGCAAAACAAUGCACCUACAGAAAUAGGCUCAGCUCCUCCUCUGAGUAAGAUAGCCCCCAAAACGGGAAACAAAAAACAAGCCUCACUCAUGAACUUCUUCGGGAAGAAGAAAUGAACAUCGCUAGCAAUGCAAACAUUGGUCUGUAUAUUGCUUAUGCCUUUUAAUGGAUAUUUCUUACAAAAUUACGCUUUCCCUCACAAAACAAAAGAACUUCCUUAUUGGGAAAUCAUUAAUUACAUUUCCUAAUUAGGUGCACAUUUUGCAAUAACACUUUGAAAAUUACUUUAAUAGGAAAAGAUAUUUAUUUA